ACCAUCCUCACGCAGUUGACAGCCAGAGAGAACAAAGAGAGACAAGAGAGAGAAGAAAAAGGGAGGGAGGGAUCAAGAUUUGGGGUGUUCUUACAUCCAAAAAACGUUUCUUGAUUCUCUCCUCCUCGAAACCUUUCCAUCUUCAUUCAAUUUGACCCUUUUUAAUUUGUUCUUGAAAAGAUCUUUCCUUUGUCUGCCAACAUGCUUCCCGCAGGGGCAGCAUUGAGGAUCUCCAUUGAGGAAAAGUUCGGAACUCUCUCCUAUUUCUUCAUCUACACCGUCCUCGAAUGGCUGGUGAUCGUCUUGCUCUUUUUGGACGGCCUCCUCGCCUUCCUCUGCAACGAAAUCACUCAAUGGUUCGAGCUCAAAACUCCGUGCUUGCUCUGCACCAGGCUUGAUCAUCUCCUUGUGCAGAGGAGCUCCAGUUACUACUACAAUGAAUCCUUUUGUGAGGUUCACAAGAUGAAUAUCUCCGCCCUCGCCUACUGCCACGUGCACAAGCGCCUUUCUGACAUCCGCAGCAUGUGCCAGGGAUGCCUUCUCUCAUCCGAGAAGGAUUCUGGUUGCGAUAGGCGAAGGCCCCUUGUUGUGGAUGAGGGGAAUGUGCAGCUGAGACAAUUGAGGAAAUAUGAGAAGGAGAUUGUGGCUAAUGAGAAGGUUGGGAUUUUGAGGUGCUCUUGCUGUGGGGAGCCUAUAAAGUUGAAGUCCCCGUUGAGAUACAAGGCGUGUUUGUCCAUGGCUGCCCCUUCAUCCCCUCGUACAGCCUGGUUCUCGACCGGGAAUGGUGAUGGUGGCAGCGUUGAUGCGUACACAGAGCUUAAAUUGAUUGCAGAUUCUAGAUCAGAGCUCCAUGGUGAUGAAUAUGGUAAAGAGGGCUUGGUGAAUAAUAUGUUUGGUGAUGAACCAAAAACUCCACAUUUCACAGAUAGAAACAGAUUCUUUGGAGUCGCAUUAUCAGAUGGUGCAGUCCCAGCGAGUCCUCGGAGAUUAGACUUUGUCAUGGAGCCGAUCAAAGAGGGCGAGAGCGAGGCCGAACUUGUGGCCCGUCUCAAGAGACAGGUGACUCUCGACCGGAGGUCCAUGAUGGCCUUGUACAUGGAGUUGGACGAGGAGAGAAGUGCCUCCGCUGUGGCAGCCAACAACGCGAUGGCAAUGAUCACACGCCUGCAGGAGGAGAAGGCGGCGGUGCAGAUGGAGGCAUUGCAGUACAAGAGGAUGAUGGAGGAGCAGGCGGUGUACGACCAGGAGGCGAUGCAGAGGAUGAAGAGCAUGUUGGUCAAGAGGGAGGAGGCGAUUAAGGUCAUGGGGUACGAGCUCGAGGAGCAUGGGGAGAGGUACACUGCCGAAGGGAGUGUCGACCUGUCUCAGGUUGUGAACUCGUGUGCCAAAGUGAGCAACGAUACGAAUCAAGACAUUGUAAACUCGCGGGGCGAAGGGAGAGAUGACGCGCGUGAGGUGGUUCAUGACGAGGAUCAUCAAGACAACAUUGUGAACUCGCGGGACAAAGGGAGUGAUGAUGCGCGUGAGGUGGGUCGUGAUGAAGAUAAUCAAGACGACAUUGUGAACUCGCAGGACGAAGAGAGUGAUGAUGCACGCGAGGUGGUUCAGGAUGAGAAUCAUCAAGACAUUGUGAACUCACAGAGCGAAGACAGUGAUGCUCAACGCGAGGCAAGUCAUGAUGAGAAUCAUCAAGACAUUGUGAACUCACAGAGCGAAGACAGUGAUGCUCAACGUGAGGCAAGUCAUGAUGAGAAUCAUCAAGACAUUGUGGACUCGCAGGGCGAAGGGAGUGAUGUUCCGUGCAAGGUGGGUCGUGAUGAGAAUCAUCAAGAGAUUGUGAACUUACCGGUCGUGUCACCACGGGUUGAGGAGGAACGUAAGAUCCAAGACGAACUAGCUGCACUGAACUACGAGGGGGAGAUGUGUCAUAUCCUGUGUCAGCUGGCGGAGUUGGAGGAGAGGUUGUACUCUGCAGAUGAUGCCGAGCUCGAGGUCCUUGCGAAAGAAGUGAGAUUGGUGAAGGGAAGGCUGAGAGCAGUGGAAGCAGAGAGUGUGUUGUUGAAGCAUGUUGCCAUGAGUGUGCAGAAAAGGGGAGUUUUGAGUGAGAUAGCUCAACAUCUAAGACAACUUAGGCAAUAAACAUGAUGUGUGGUUAGGUUUAUGUAGAUUCUUUCAAGUGAUAUGAGGAAUCACAUGAAGUAGAAAUUGGGUUAGAAAGUUUUAGAGGUGUGAUGGAUACUAUUAUUUUGUAUUUCAUCUUUCAACUCAUGAGACAAUGUGAAGUUUGUCUCUUUCUUGGU